AUGGCUGCACCACCCGUAGUACCCGGCGCGCUCAUGGGCACGGACGGGAUUGACCCACGCCUGCACCUCACAAACACUCAGGAGGAGCGGGUGCUCUCGCACGAGGACAACUUCGACCUAUACCUGUACUGGGCGAAGCGGGAGCGUGACCGCGAGGACCGCGACCCCCGUCCCGUGCCGGAUGCACCGUGGAUCGUGCUAUGGAAGAGGAUGACCGGGCAAGGACACCGCGUCGUGCGUCCUCCGAGCGGCACGCCCGAUGCUGUGGCCGUGCACGAUGACAACAGUUCGGGCUCGGGGUCCCCCGGAGACGAGAAGACGCUGGAGAAGAGCCAAGCGGUGACUGCCCAAGUCGGUCGGCCCAUAGCCGACGAGGGCAGCGACUGGAGCGAGUGGGAGCGCCACACGGCAUAUCACCUGCUCCGGACUGCGUCGUGGCAGGCCAUCUUCUAUAUGAUCACGAGCGACAUUCUCGGCUUCCAGCAGGCGCCCUAUUCGUUCUACACCCUGGGCAUUGCCCCAGGAUGCCUCGUGUUCACUUUCUUGUUCCUCCUUGCCUUUGCGGGCGGGCAGAUGCUCUGGCGCAUGUACAUGCGCCUUGACAGUGAGCAGUAUCCCGUCACCUGCUACUCGGAUCUGGCGGAGCGCACUUACGGCCGCAUGGCUAAUGUGGCUGACGCAAGGCUGCUGUUCAACGUCGGCAUCCUGAUCACGGGCCAGAGCACGCAGCUCGCGACCAUCAUCGAGUACAAGUUCUGCUUCAUCGCGAUCGCGAUCUUCUGGAUGCUGGCGGGUAUGAUUGUGGGCCAGAUCCGGUCUCUGCGCAACUUUGGCUGGUUCACAAACCUGGGCAUCUGGCUGAACCUCCUGACCAUGGUCCUGGUCAUGGUCGGCAUUGGCGUGUUCGACCCCGUGCCCUCGCAGUCGCAGCACAAGGACCUGAGCGAGCCAAAGUCUGUCUCGGCCUGGGUGCCCUCGUACACGAAGGGCUGGUACAUGCAGCAGGUGGGUGUACAGAACAUCGUGUACUCGUACGGCGGCGCCAUGAUCUUUGUCGAGUUCAUGGCCGAGAUGCGCCGCCCGCGCGACUUUUGGAAGGCCGCGUUCCUCUCCCAGCUCUUCUGCUACCUCAUGUACAUGUUCUUCGGACUGUACAACUACGCCAUGCAGGGCGUGUACACGUCCCAGUACCCUUCGCUCGACUUCCAGAACCGCGCCCUCCAGCUCGUCACCAACAUCAUCGGCCUCGUCACGGGCGGUAUCGCGAUGUGCCUUUACGCCCAUGUCGGACAGAAGACGAUCUACCAGAACGUCUUCCGCGCGUACCUUCGCGCGCCCUCGCUCGUGUCCCGCCGCGGCAAGAUCAUCUGGCCCUUCCUCGUCAUCGGGUACUGGCUCAUCUCGUGGGUCAUUGGCGUUGCGAUCCCCAGCAUCGCAACGCUCGGCACUCUCGUCGGUGCCGCUGCCAUCCUCCAGUUCACGUACACGUUCCCGCCGAUGCUCAUCCUCGGCCACUGGAUGCAGUCGGACGCACUCGAGGGUGAACAGCCCUGGGAGCCAGGCAUGGCACCCGGCGCAAAUCGUACUGAUACUUGGAAGCAGGCCAGCCGCUGGAAGCGCGGGUUCAGGAAGUACUGGUACGUCAAGAUCGCCCUAUUCCUUUACUUCCUGGCUGCGCUCGCCAAUGCGGCCCUCGGCAUCUAUUCCGGUGCAAUGCAGGCGAAGGACGGCUUCUCUGGCCACGUCAUCAUUUCCUUCUCCUGCAAAACUCCAAACGAGGGGUCGUAG